UUCACCUGUGACAUAAGAUUAACUAAUCUGAUUCUUUUAAUUUGUUUGUGCUUUCUCUACCAGAACAGGUGAAAAUCUGGUUGAUUAAAUGAAGAGGGGUCAGGGGAAUUGGACAUGACUUUUUGGAGUUUUAUAAAAAGUGAAAUGUGUUAGCAUUGAUAUAAACUAGAAUGGAUAUAUAAAGUUUUACAGAAGAUUGAAACUAAAGAUGAUGUACAAGAAAUGAUGAUAUAAACCUCCUUCGAAAGGUAACAUAAAAGACUGCAACAGAUUGGACUGCUAUAACAACGAAAGUUAUUACUCAGUGUUAAAGAUGGAGAAAUUUUUACUAGGAUUUUAGCUGCUUGAGGAACAGUUGUGAAUAAGAGAAAAAUAAUGAACUUUUCAAGAAGUGAACUGCAGAAUUUUAUGUAUGGAAAAAGUGACUUAUAACAGUUGAAUUGGAGGUAAUUGAGAAAUAAACAGGGAGGUCAAGAAUUUGAACAUAUUUUUUAUUUGAUGGAUUUUGUUUCGCUGUUUUAUAAAGAAAAACAAAAUAAUGGAAUUUCCUGCCAUCUGAAAAGACUUACAGUUUUGGAAAUUUUAACCACAUUUUAAAGAUGUCUGUAAAGAUUUCUCCCAUCAUGCCUCAGGGUCGUCAAGUCAAUAUGGGUCAGAUGAAUGAGGAAGAAUUUGAAAAGAUAUUACAAGUGUUGCAGAAAGAUUUUGAACUUCGACAAAAAGAACAAGAUAGACUGAGUAAGAUUCAGGAAGAUAUUGAAGAGGAGAAUCAGAAAGCUACUGUACUAUCAAAGAAAACUAAACUGAAUGAGAAUGUUUGUAUUCGUUGUUGUCGAUCCUUUGGAAUAAUCUUCAACAGAAAGCAGACAUGCCAACUGUGUAAACUGUACAUCUGUAAAUCAUGCUGCCUCUAUGACAGGGAGAAUAAAGGUUUCAUAUGUCAUACCUGUGCAGAGGCCAGGGAACUUAAGAUGAAGUCCUGUGAAUGGUUUUAUGAUAAUGUCAGUAAGAAGUUCAAGAGAUUUGGCAGUGCUAAAGUUGUUAGAACUCUCUACAAACAGAAAAGAAAAGACUCCGCUAGAAGAUACCACACUGAUAAUGAGAGUGAUAGUGGUUACGAUCCUUCACUACUGUCCAGUAAACAAUAUGGAUCCCUACAGUCCUUAGACAGAUUACACCAACAAGUAGAGGGUCAUGACAGGGACACAGAAGGUUUUGAUCCAGUAAUUCCUGCUCCUAUACAGUUUGGUCCAUCAGUGAAACCCCCUCUAAACAAAGAUAUAAAUAGCAACCAUAAUGAAAGUAGACAAGGAAGUCAUGAUGAAAAAGAAAACUCCACAAAAGGGGUUUCAGAUAUAUACAAGGAGGCAUUUGAGAAUGCUAAGACUACAGAGGAAAGGAAGUUCCACGGACGUUUCGAUAUGUUUAAGUCAGAACUACAGAAAUCGUUGGAGAAUCUGUUGUCCAGCGGUGUAAAUCACAGUUACAGCAAUAACUCUUAUAGUGAUGUUUUAGUGAAUUACAGAGGAAAACUCAAAGAUCUCAUCGUCAGUCUUUCUCAAAGAUUAGAAAUUGUUAUAGAAAGUUUCGAUAGUACUUCAGAUGACCCUUUAGAAACCUCACAGAAAGUUCGUCAGCUGGUAUCCAGACUGGUUACUGAAAGUGUUGGUGAACAACUUGAUCUGGGUUCUGAUGAAGCUGUUUCCGAUCUCUCGUCUUUGUCUGAGGAAUCAUCAGAUCCUGUUAAGUCUUUCGAAGAUCAGCUAGCUCAUGCUGUUGUUACUAAGGUGCUAGAAAAUCACAGGAGAGAUCAUCAUCUGGACUUUUGUCUUGAUGAGUUGGAUGGUCGUAAAGAUGAAGUUGACCAGGCACGUAACUCUUCAAUGUCGGAGGAGAAAAGUGACAAUGAACGACAGUUUGAUAGUGAGUCGAUGCCUAGUGAUAAUGAAAAAUGUGAUACUGUUUAUAGUAAUUCCACUGUCAAAAGUCAUGUGACAAACAAUGGCAAAGGUCAUGUGACUAAUAAUGUGAAUCAAAAAAUAACUCUGCAAGAUAGUUCAAUGCAGUGUGAACCUUAUGAAAACCAAAAAGAAAGCAGUUUUCGAGAAAGGCCCAAAUCAGUAAAUGAAAUGGUUCAAUGUGAAUUGUAUGAAAACCAAAAAGACACUAUAUUAAGGGAAAGACCAAAAUCUGUGAAUGAAAUGGUGCAAUGUGAAUUGUAUGAAAGCCAAAAAGACAGAAGAAAGCCAGAAAGGCCAAAUUCUGUGAAUGAAAUUGUUCAAUGUGAUAUACGUAGUGAUGUAGAUAGCCUAGGACAUAGUGAUUUAGAAAAUGAUUUAUGUGAAUCAGAACAAAUAGAAAAAUGUGAAUCCGUAAAAAGUUUCAGUAGUUCUAGUACAAAUGUUGAAAAUGAAUUUGAAAAAUUACGCAGUUUUGCUAUGGACUUGUCCUCGAGGAGCCAACCUCAGGUUCGUCAGGUUGAGGAGUAUUUAGAUGAAUUACCAAUGGAGGUAGAGAAAGUGGAUAGAACAGAAGGACAACAAGAAUUUUCUUCACGAUAUGACACUUAUGAUCGUGUACAUGAUGAUACUCGGAUUUCACUCCCAAGUCUUGACGAUUACGAUUACGAUUAUGGAACAAGUGAAGUAGAUCCAGAUUUGUUAUCAAUGAAUCUUGCUCCUAUUAUUGAGGAGGAUGAAGAGGGGGCUGAGGAUGAGGAGGACGACCUUGAUGACGAAGAAAAAGAAAAUAAAGGUCAAGGACAUAGUUGGAAGGGCAACUGGAUAUUUAAAAGUCCAGCUGGAAUCACUCCGUACAAAAAUGUUGGUCAGACAAAAAAAGUGGAAGGACUUUCACAAGUGUAUAUGACAAUUCCUCAACCGAAAGAAUAUAUGUCACCAAAAAUAGGUCAAAGAGAUGUUGAUCAAAUGUCAGACUUAUCUGAUGCGGAAAGUAACCUUAGCGAUGAAGAAUCUUCCUUUUAUGCAAAUACCUCAGCCGAAAUUUCAAGAAUCAGUAAGAAGCAUGGAAAGAACAGAAUGCGAUCAUCUUCAGUUCAGACAGAUGAAUCUGAUGUUGAUGAUGUCCGAGAACGUUCUUCAUCUAUGUCAAAAUCUCAUAUUGAAAGUAGUGCAGAUGAAAGUGUCUCGUCAAAAAAGAAAAAGUUGUUAGAAGAAUAUGUGCCAGCAGACGGCGAAGAUCCAAAAUUUGAAAUCCCACCAGAAAGUUUAGAGGUCCCAGAAGGGGAACCGGCUAAAUUUUCAUUGCGUUUUGCAGGCACAGAGCCAAUAAAUGUGUUUUGGUAUAAAGUUGAAGAAGAUCUUGUAGAGUUAAUGGAUUCUGAACAAUACACUACCAGCCGUGAUGGCAACCAUUGUUAUCUUACAAUCUACAAUCCUGUGAAAGCUGAUGGAGGACAAUACAUGGCCAUAGCUAUCAAUGAGAAAGGACAGUGCUGCCAGUAUAUGAUUCUGUCUAUUAAAAAAAACAAGCAAGAAUUGAAGAAGCCAGAGUUCCUUAAAGAAAUACAAGAUGUUGAUGCCACUGAAGGUCAAACUGUCAAGUUCAGAUGUAAGGUCAAAGGUUAUCCACAACCUAGAAUAUGUUGGUAUAAAGAUGGAAAACUUCUGGCGAAUGAUGAUUGUUAUAAGAUAGAAAAGUUUGGAAACCGUGAUUACAUUUUGACAAUAGAUUUUGCCUCAAUGAAUGAUGAUGCAGAAUACACCGUUGUGGCCAAAAACAUCGCAGGAGAAACUAAAUCUGUGGCACAACUAAUUGUUGAUACAGAUGAGGUCAAACCUAGCCAGCCUGUCAGACUACCAACAUCAUCACAGCGUAAAGAUGACCAACAACUGACCAAUCUGAACAGGAAGUUAUACGAGACAAAAACAGAUGUCACUGAUGCUGCCGAGGACUUACUCAAUACGGCCAAUGAAUUGAAUGACAUCCACAAGAGCUUAGAUGAAGUUGAUCACAUGCUUUCAUCCUUUGAACAUGACCUUGACCCAGCUUCUGAUGUAACCAAUAACAACUGGGCUGACACGGUUCUAUCCCAUAAUUUAGGACAUAGUACUUUAUUGAAUUAUCAAAAGAUGAAAACAGCAGCUGAAAAUGUGAGAAAAACCAGUAGGGCUAUUGACCUUGUGGAAUCUACAGACAAUUUAAUUGACAAUAAUAGAAUGGACUGCUUAGCAACUAGCACACCAAGGUCAUCAGAGGAAUCGAUUCAUACACCAAGGUCAAAGAAAGACAUUCCAGAAAACAAACCAAAAUGGUUACAGUUUGUUAAAGAGGACGGUGACAUUCCAACACAUUCAUUGCUUUUAUCAAAACAAAGUAAUAAGACAAAUGAUUCAUAUUUUAAUCAGCCAAUCAAAACAACAGAAGCUGGACAUGUGCCUUUAUCUGUUGACACUUCUGAUCAUGUGACUACAAAGUCCGAUGAUUUUAUUUCAAACACUUCUUUUACACCAGAAACUGUUCAUUGUUCAAAUGUUGAUCAGAUUCAUCUGACGGUUUCCAAGGACGAUACUGAUCAUGUGACUACAAAUACUCAACCAUUAGAUACAUCUCUAGACUCAUCAAAUAUAUCAAGUGAUCUGAAUGACAAUGUCCUAGAUUCUGAACCACAGACUGUUAAUUUUGGUGCCAAGCCAGUUCAGGCUGAAUUCUACAGUAGAGACUAUAUUAUAAAUAAUAGAAAUACUCCGUCUAAACCUCCACGGAAAAAGUGGGAGGUCAAAACUGAUCAUUAUUCUCCUGGUGCUGAAAUUGUAAAUAAACAGAAAGAUCUGGAUAACGUGGAAGAAAAGAUUUACAUGUCUGCCAGCAAGUUAUCAAACCUUGAAUCAAAACUUAAUCACCUCCAACAGGAAGUUAACAGCACUCAUUCUGGGGAUAAAAGAAAGAUUUCAUAUCUGGAAGAAGACAUUGCUCAAACUGUUGCAGAGACUUGCCGUUCUGAUCAUGAUGUUGGUGCUAUAGAAAGAUCGGUUGAAGCUCUCCAAGUGUCCUGUCCAGCUUCACCUAGGUCAGCUGACGAUGACAAUUCCAACAUGUCUUCCCCGAGUCUGUCUAUCGACUCUGGAUUCUCAUCAAUACGAGAGCGACCUCAGCCUACCAUCAUUAUUGGUACCACUGUAGAGGAUGAACUACCUGAAAGUAGGACAGAAUUAAACGAAGAGACAGGGGUGGAGUUACCAUCGGUAAACAGAUUAAAGCAGUUGUUUGCACACUCACAAGAGGAAGAGGCGGCAUUCAAGAGGAGAUCUAGUUUAGACGGACCGGUUCAUAGUAUCACAGCCAGAACAUUAGGGAAAGACAAAGUAGAAAAGAUAAGAUCCAUGGCAAGAACAGUCAAUCAUCCAUCCCCAUUGGCUGCUGAAUCAUCCAAUCAGAGCAAAGCUGGAAAAAGUCAAAUAACUGUAACAUUAGCUCCUGUUAGUCAAACAAUAAGUUAUCAACCUAAGGCCAGUCAGAUAUUCCCAAAAGAGAAAGGAACAUAUUUCCCUCCUGAUCAACCAAUCAAAAGGGACAAUGCAAACAAAAUAGAAUCUCAACCAAUCAGCAAAGCUAACACAAGUUCAAAAAGUGUCAGAGCUCCUCCUCCACCAUGUCAAUCAAACCAAAGCCAAACUCCUUCAAAAAAUGAAACCAGUGAUGGAACAUCAUCAGAGAAAAAGAAAAAUUCCAGAAUACGUGCUGGAUGUAUAAAUGCCAGAGCUAAGUUUUGGGAGAAGAAGAUACAGGGUGAUUCCAGCGGAACUGAAGAGGAAUAUCCAUCAAUGUUGGAGCAAGUCCCAGAUUGAGUAACUUUGGAAAG